AAAUUCACGGAGUAAAAGCUUAUCAAGAUGUGUUUACGAGUCCUGAUGCUACUCCGAAUAAUAAAUCAACAAAGACAAUACUGUACGACUACCCAGCGCAAUGUCACGAAAUGACCGGUAUUGAAGAUUCUGUCCAGAAUUAA